AUGAAUCCCCACCAGCAGAACAAAGUGGACAUCAGCAAACUCACCGCGGAUGAGCAGAGACUCUUCCGUCUGUACGGAAAGUUGCCAAACAAGAAGGACCUCUUGCAGAACAAGCUGAAGGAGCGCAAGUACUUCGACAGCGGCGACUAUGCCCUCUCCAAAGCCGGCAAGGCCUCAGACAUAGGAGUUACCUCCAUUGGCCGUGAGCACCCAGUGCCCGAGAAGAUCCCACACAUCGCACCCCCGACCAACCACAACCACAAUGGCACCCCGAACGGCCAGGAGAAGGGUGCUACCAGCGGCAGCCCCAUCAAGGAGCACAGCUUUCUUCACCGCGAAACAAGCCUAAACAGAGAGACAUCUGCGGAGGACAUCGCACGGGAGAAUGAGCAGGAAGAGGGCAGCAAUAAGGCAUAG